UUUGUUUUGUUUGUAUUUUGAACGGAAUUGUAAUAUAUUUUUGUACGGUACGAUCCGGUAACAAAUCAGCGGAUGUUUUAAUCUAUUCAACACUAUCCGGAAUGAGCGAGGAUAACGACGGACCGCGAACAGAGUAUAAGUUGGAGACGGACUCGGAGCUACGAUUUGAGAUUGAAAAUAAGAAUGAAGUCACCAUAACCCUGCUCAGUGGUUACGCGGAGCUUUUUGGUACGGAGUUGGUGAUGAAGAAACCUUACGUAUUCGGGUUAGGCGAAAAGGUUGCCAUCUUCACUUAUCACGGUUGUGUUAUCGAGCUGCGCGGUAAACCGGACGUUGCCUAUGUGGCUCGAGAAACUCCUAUGGUACAAUAUCUUAAUUGUAGCUCUGCUUUGGAACACUUGAGAGCUAAGGCCGAGUUAGACGAUGUUCAAGGCCCGGUGGUGAUGGUUGUUGGCCCGAUGGAUGUAGGAAAAUCAACCCUUUGUCGAAUUUUCUUGAACUACGCUGUACGACUAGGACGGAGACCGGUAUACGUGGAUUUAGACGUUGGCCAAGGUUCGAUUGCCAUUCCGGGCACAAUUGGAGCAUUGUUGGUAGAACGGCCGGCUCCAGUGGCCGAAGGAUUCGCCCAGCAGGCUCCUUUGGUUUAUCAUUUUGGGCACACAUCACCGUCUGACAAUGACGUUUUCUAUAAUGUGCUGAUAUCUAAGCUGGCUGAAACCACGUUGGAACGGCUUGAAGCAAACAAAAAAGCCAAAUAUUCUGGAAUGAUUAUAAACUCUUGCGGAUGGGUGAAAGGGAACGGUUAUAAAAAUAUUUUACAUUCCAUCAAAGAAUUCGAAGUGAAUGCAGUUUUUGUGUUGGAUCAGGAACGGUUGUACAACGAAUUACUGCGGGAUGUGGAUCGUACUGUACAAGUUGUUUUCUUGCCUAAAAGUGGUGGCGUCGUAGAGCGCCCCAGAGCACAAAGAGCCGAGUCUCGUGACAACCGCAUAAGGGAAUAUUUUUACGGUUCCAAGAUGCCACUUUAUCCACAUUCUUUUGAUGUUAAAUUUAGCGACGUGAAACUGUUCAAAGUCGGCUCGCCUGCUUUGCCGGAUUCGUGUCUGCCAUUGGGUAUGAAGAAAGAGGACAAUUUUACCAAAUUAGUCCCGGUCCAGCCGGGACCACACUUAAUGCACCAUAUUUUGGCGGUGAGUUUCGCUGAGAGUACCGAGGAAAAUGUGAUACAAUCAAACGUCGCUGGAUUUAUUUGCGUAACCAACGUUAACAUGGAGAAGGAAGUGCUGACGGUUCUUUCGCCCCAACCGAGGCCGCUACCGCAGACAAUCUUACUCGUUUCCGACUUGCAGUUUAUGGAUAGUCAUUGAGUUUCUUAUUGCGAAUAAAAUAGUUAUUUCGA